AUGCCUGCGUUGUAUCUCUCUUCCUGCUCUCAGGAUGUCUACAAGGCUGACCUGGAGUGGCUCCGUGGCAUUGUCUGGAUACCCGUGGACUCUGUGGACUACGUGAGGGUUACGAAGAACCAGGAAAUGGUGAAUCAGAUAAAAUACAAGAAGGCUGAUCUCGACAACUGUCCUAACUUCACAAGUGUGGUGGAUCCUCCAGAGAUUGUUUUGGUGAAGAUUAACUCAGUCAGUCAAAGUGAUGUAAAACAUAAAGAAACAUUUAAUAAAGUAUUGAAGGGCAAGUAUCUAUUUUCUCCAGAUACACCAUAUAUCACCCACUCCAAAGACAUGAGAAAACUCUACAGUACUAUACUGUACAAAGGGGCUUGAGAAGGGACCAACGCUUACGGCUGCACCUUGCAUAGGCGCUACAUUCCCAUCGUGGGAGCUAAGCAUGCCAACUAUGUGAACAGCGAGCUUAAAUACAAAGAGACAUAUGAGAAGCAGAAGGGCCACUACCUGGCUGGAAAAGAAAUCAGUGAGUUCCCUGGUGUGGUCCAGUGCCUGGAUUUCCAAAAGACGAGGAGUGCAGUAAGCAAAGCAAAGCUCACUGUGACGGAGGAUUUAAGAGAUUAUGCGGAUACCAAAGCAAAUGUGCACAUCCCCAUCGAUAUGAUGAAUCACGUGCUGGCCAAACACUGUCAGUACAUCCUCCGUGACCUAGAGUACCAACACUACUUCCACCAGUGGAUGUCUCUCCCAGAAGAACCCGGCAACGUGUAUAAGGAUGACUUGAAUCGGCUGAAAGGCAUGGGAUGCUACAUUUGGGAUAUGCCUCAGAUCCUCCAGGCCAAGAAAUCCUGUGAUCUCCAGAGUCAGAACCAAGAACCUGAAGAAUCUUUACAGCAGAAACCUGUACAAGGAAGCUUGGGAUGGAGUGAAGCCACCAGCUACAUCCUGCCUACCAGUACCAUGUCCCUGAUGCAUGCUAAGAACCAGAAGCAUCUGGCUAGCAAUCGCCUAUAUAAAUCAGUUUAUGAAAAGAACAAGAUGAGAAUCCACAUCGUGCCUGACAUGGUGGAGAUGGUUACUGCUAAGGAAUCUCAGAAGAAAGGCAGUGAGAUUGAUUACUGCCUACACCUCUGUGAGUGGAUUUGCCACCCUGACUUGCAAGUCAACAGCCACAUCAGGAAAGUCACAGAUCAGAUCUACAGCAACAUUGUAUACAAGGAUGACCUCAACUGGCUAAAGGGCAUUGGAUGCUACAUCUCGGACAUUCCUGAAAUUCUUCAUGCCAAGCAUGCUUAUGUUCUAUGUAACCAUAUCAAGUACAAAUCUCACACACAGAAGACCAGGAAUGGCUACAAGUUGGUCACAGACACACAAGUCUAUGUGCAGGCUGUGAAAAGUGGGAAACAACUGAGUGAUGCCAUCUACCACCAUGACUACAUGGAUAGCGUCAGAGGCAAGGUGGCUGCAACUAUGAAAACCAUGGAACUGGAUGGGCCCUUCAUGCACACAAGCUCCAGAGUGAGCAUCAUACUCUCCAGUUCCAUCCACGUGUAUGGACAAUUGUACCACAGACUGAAAGACAAGAUUCACACAACUCCUGAUACACCUGAAAUCCGCCAAGUCAAGAAGACACAAGAGGCUGUCAGUGAGUUGAUCUACAAAUCAGACUUCUUCAAGAUGCAAGGCCACGUGAUCUCACUGCCUUACACACCCCAAGUGAUCCGUUGCCGCUACGUGGGAGACAUCACCAGUGACGUCUAACUACCUGUACACUGAUAAGGCGAGGAAGAUGUGAGACAGAUACCAAGUGGUGCUUGACACUCCAGAAUACAGAAAAGUACAGGAACUGAAGACACAGCUGAGCGAGUAUCUUUAUGUUGAACUUGCCACCAAAGAGAGACCCCACCAUCAUGCUGGGAAACAGACCAAAGCCCUGAAACACGCUAAAGACGU